AGCUUAGCAUUGUAUAAUUGUGGGUCACACGGAAUGUGAGAGGAAUCAAAGCUGCUGCUAUAAGCUUCGGUGCGUUGUACGCUCUGGGACUCCAUCUCUCCUUCUUCCCUUGCUUCCAAGGAGCAAAUAUGGGGGGGGCAUGGCUUUCUUCUUCAUGGCUGCUGCUUCUAUGCUUUGCAAGCUCCAUGAGUCGUUCAUGGGCAGCUCCGGCGAAGAACCCGCCGACCUCUUCUUCCUUCAAGGAUAACUUCCACAUAAUGUGGGCGGAAGACCAUUUCAAGACAUCGCCUGAUGGGCAAGUGUGGUACCUCUUUUUGGACAAGAAAACAGGUUGCGGGUUCCAAACACGUCAGAGAUUCAGAUUUGGGUGGUUCAGCAUGAAGCUGAAGUUGGUCGGCGGCGACUCGGCUGGAGUUGUCACGGCUUAUUAUAUGUGUUCGGACCUGGGAGCAGGGCCGGACAGAGAUGAGUUGGAUUUUGAGUUCUUGGGGAACAGGACUGGGCAGCCAUACACCAUUCAGACCAAUGUGUACAAGAGUGGGAUCGGUGGGAGGGAGAUGAGGCACAUCCUGUGGUUUGAUCCCACUGAAGACUUCCACACCUAUUCCAUCCUUUGGAAUAGCCACCACAUCGUGUUCUUUGUGGACAGAGUUCCCAUUAGAGUUCACAAGAACUCCGGCAAGCCAAAUAACUAUUUCCCAAACGAGAAGCCGAUGUAUAUGUUCUCAAGCAUCUGGAAUGCUGAUGACUGGGCGACGAGGGGAGGCCUCGAGAAGACCGAUUGGAAGAAUGCGCCCUUCGUGUCCUCCUACAAGGACUUCCAUGCUGAUGGUUGCCCAUGGGAGGAUCCCUACCCGGCCUGCGUCUCCACCACCACCGAGCACUGGUGGGACCAGUAUGAGGCGUGGAGCCUCACUGACAACCAGCUUGAGGAUUUUGGCUGGGUUGGGAGGAACCUCGUCAUAUACGACUACUGCACAGACAAAGAACGAUAUCCCACGCUGCCAGAGGAGUGCAAUAUAUAAGAAGCUCUCUCCAACGCAUCAAGAGAGAAAAUGGUUUUGUUUCCUUGCAACAAAUCCUGAGCAUGCUGCAGAUGAUAAUAUGAUCACAUUAUUUAAGAGAAUGAUGCAUAACAUUCAUUCAUUUGUUUGUGUAUUUACUUUUCAUUAUCAGAAACCAACUUAAUUUUUUUAUCUGAGACAACCAGCUAUGCAGGUAUGGCAAGGAUUACGA